CGUAAAAAUACCUCGGUUAAUGUAUUUUGAUCAUAGCUAUAAAUAUCCGAUACUGAAGCUAUUGUGUUGAAGAGUUGAAAUAAGAGAGACAUUGGUACAAGAUUGAGACUUAAAGUUGCAUUACCACAGUACAGUCUUUUUAUACUCUUCAGCAUCAUGUCUCUUACCCGCGAAGACCGACUCAAGCUCGCGGUCAUUGACCCAGAGUUGGAAGAGGUCAGUCUCACUCUCAUAUAUGUAGUACAGUCUACAUCCGACUGACGAAGCUCAGUACUUGAAAACAGCUAACUUCCCCAGCUUAGAUGGUGUCGAACCAUCCCGGGCUAUUGCCGGCCUACGCACGUACAUGAAGGGCCUGCACAAGCCAGCCGAACCGGGUAGCGGCGUACUCGAACGCGACAUCUUCUUUCCUGCCCGCGACGGCUUCCAACUUCGUGCGCGAGUGUUUGAACCAGCGACACAAGACACUGCGACUACAGCUCGCACAACCCCGCUUGUUGUGUACUAUCACGGCGGAGGGUAUACAAUCGGGUCGCCCGAGGACACUGCAUCUUCCUGUCGCCGAAUCGUACAGAAUCUGGGUGUCGUGUGCAUUGCACCAGGAUAUCGUCAAGGUCCAGAGGAUCCGUUCCCAGCGAGUAUCAACGAUGCAUGGGAUGCGCUUAAGUGGAUUGCGUCACAUGCAGAGGCGGAGUUCCCUACGGUUUCAUUAUCAGCCGGUGGUUUCGUGAUUGGGGGUUCUUCUGCAGGAGGUUCAAUGAGUGCGAUCCUGGUUCAUCUUGCCCGUGACGAGGGUCUGAUGCCGGUAAUCACUGGUUUAUUUCAGCUUGCAUCCAUGAUACUCCCGCCAGAGGCGCAGGCAGCCCUGCCAAGUCGUUAUCAAGAGAUGUAUCUGUCUCGGACUCAGGCAGAAUGCCAGCAGGACCCGGUUCGGUCACCUGCUCUGGCGAAGAUAUUUCAUGACUCUGCCCGAGGAGACCCGCAAUCGCCUAUGUUCGUCCCCUUUAUUUGGCCAAAGGGGCAUGAAGGGUUGCCCAGAACGUAUUUCCAGGUGUGCGGGAUGGACACUGUGAGGGAUGAGGCUCUCAUAUAUGAGCAGGUGCUGAGAGAGCAUGGGGUCGAGACGAAGUUGGAUAUUUACCCAGGUAUGCCGCAUAUUUUCUGGGGAACUUUUCCAUUUUUGGGUCAGUCCAAGAAGGCGGUGUUGGAUUUUGAGAAUGGUAUCAAGUGGUUGUUGCAGAGGACCAGCUGAAGUAAAGAUCCUGGCAUAGCUUCGAUUGAUGCCUGAGAUGACUUAUUGUACAAGUAUAUUAUAAAGAACAGAUAUCAAUACGAAGAGCAACUGAAAUAGUAAUAAGGU